GACUCACACCCGCCAUGUGUCCCGACGGGACUCGUACUGGAGUCACCAUUUGUGCUUACCCAGGCUGCACCAAGGCAGUAUGGAGAGACCCAGAUGGUAGCUUUUCGCAGUACUGCAGCGUCUCGCAUCGUGACAGCGCGGUGUCAAAGAUAAACCAGAACUCGAUCUGCAAGAACUGCCACGCAAGACCCGUGUACGUGGAGAACGGAAAAGCACAUGACUUCUGUGGACUCCGAUGCGCGACGGCUGCUCGUUCUGGCAAUGGUGCUCGCCAGGCGCUGGCCCCAAUUAAUGUCAACCAAGGACGUAAUGCAGUCUGCGCCAUCACGGGAUGUGGUCGACCAGUUUUCGUUAAUCAGCAGGGAAAUCCGGGGGAAUAUUGCUCUCAGCGUCACCGCCAGCUGGCAAUUCAGAAUGGCGCAGAGGCAUGUCUGUUCUGCGGCGAAUGGCCAAAGGCCACUAUCAACGGUAGGAAGAGUGACUUCUGCUCAAAAAGGUGCAAGGACGACACCGCGAAUUCCGCACCGAUGAUCCUUGAAGUACCUCCUUCUCACGAGGCGUUUGAAAGUGUCGCCAAUCAAUUUACAACGAAGUGGCUACAUACACUAACCCCUCCUAAAGUGUAUAAGGUCUAUAAGAUUUAUUCUUCAAAGGACCACAUGGACGAGUUCGGUCGAUAUAAACUCGGAGUCGAACGUCGUACCGGUCUAGAGGGUGGGAACUCUAACCGUCGGUUCCACGGCACAGUCCGCGCCUGUCACAUUGGAGACCACUAUACUGGUUUUUGCUCCGACGAGGACUGCUCGCUUUGUCGUAUUCUCGAGAGCUCAUUCGAAGUGGCCAGAUUUGGGCAGCGUACCAAUUUUGGACGUUUUGGUGCCGGCAUCUAUACUUCAGCUACCUCCUCAAAGGCCAACGAUUACGUCGGCGAGCUUGCAAUGUCAAACUACCAAGCCAUGCUCUUGACCGAAGUUAUCAUGGGAAAGGCGAUCAAGUUGACCGUGGGCAACCAGAACCUCACUGCGCCCCCUCAAGGAUAUGAUUCUGUCAUCGGCGAACCCGGAGGUGAUCUGAAUUACGACGAAUGUAUUGUGUAUAAGGUAUGGCAUUCAAUCGCUUCGCGCCGCGUCAAGUUGUUCACGUCGACCGCGCUGCAGAACGAAGCAAUCAGACCGCUCUACCUGAUCAUUUUUUCCAAGCCUUCAGGCGGCCCUACAGUCUUGCCUCGUAUUCCCUCUAUUUAGCCCUCAGAAAAUGUUUUAUCACUUGUGGCCAAUGGAUGUGUGUGCGCCUUGCCGAAAUGUGAUGACAAGACUUGCUUUCUAAGAGGCGC